UGGGAGUGGUACACUAUACUGUACAGUGUACAAUACGCAAUGCAAAGGCACAGUGCAAAUACUCCAAGAAGAUGCUGAAGCUGAAGAGCACACCCACAUCUGAUGAUGUGAUCCAGGAGUGAGUGUGAGUGAGCACAAGACAAACCCUGGAAUCAUUCAUCCAGCCCCAGCCAGUGAGCCAGCCUCCAAGACAAGGAGGGCCCCAGCCUACCACCCCCACCCCCAUUCUGUUUUCUUGGAUCCCUCCCUGCCCUGCCACACUGCCACUGCCCACUGCCGCUGGCCACACUGCCAUUGCUUGCCCAUAAAAUUUUUCAAACCCCUGAAGCUGCCUCCCCAUAUUAACCCAUCUUCUCCCCCAAUUCGCCCGGCCCGUCGUCGGAGGCUCGGAGCGAGCAAUGUGCCCCAGAGCCACGGCUCAGCACUGCGGCGCCGCAACAAUGGCUAGCGUGUGCUCGUUCGUCGAGGAGGAAUACAUCGACCUGGAUCUCAGCUCGUGGGGGGAGUUCGAGUUCCGGGUGCGCCGGAGCGGAGGCGCGGCGGACGAGCUGCUCUGCCGGGGCAGGCUGGCGGCCGCGGCGCCUCCGCACAAGGCCGCGACGGCGACGAGGGCGGGCGGCAAGGUCCAGGAGGUUGAUGCCGGCGGCGGCGGCUGUGGCGGCGCAGGCAGGAGGAGCGCCGCCACGGUGGCGCCGCUGCAGCACUCGCACUCCGCCGGGUUCCGCGACGCGCCGUCGCCGGUGGUGAGGAUGCGCAAGGAGGGGUCCCGGCGCAGGAAGGCCGCGAGGACGGUGCACGCCAAGCUGCUGGCGUCGCGGGCCUUCUUCCGGUCCCUGUUUGCCAGGACGUCUUGCUCCGACGAGCAAUGCCGCGGCGCCGACGUCCGGCCCAGGGCCAGGGCGUCGCCACCGUCUGGCGAGGCCAAGAGCGGCAGCUGCAAGGCGCCGUUCGGGCAAAUCAAGAACGGCAACCACCACCACAGCAGCAGCGGCGGCAGGGCGGCGCCGACCACCCUGCGGAGCAGCAUCGAGCAGGAGAAGCUGAUGGACGAGGAGGAGCUCGCCGCGGCCGCCGUCCGGCAGCGCAAGUCCUUCUCCGGCGUGAUCAAGUGGCGGCACGCGGCGACGGCCCCCGCCGUUGCAGCUCCAUCGAAGCCGCUGUCCUCGUCCUCGGCGAGGAGGAGCUCCGGAGCCGUCGCCGCCGCCACCGGCGUCGGGCCGGGGCUGAAGCGGAGCAGCAGCGCCCGGUCGGAGUCCGAGGGGCUGAUCCAGGGCGCCAUCGCCUACUGCAAGCGUUCGCAGCAGCAGCUCGGGCUCGCCAGGAAGAGCGUCAGCGAUGCCGCCCUCUGCUCCGGCCCUUCCUGGCCUGGCAACCCGGCUCGAUCAGCUGGAGUAGCUUACUGCCACUAGCGGCGACGUGUCGCGUGCAAAAUGUAGUUCAAAAGUGAUCACAGCAAUAAUGUGAAGUUUGUCCACUCUUUCUUGCUUACGCGUGAAAUUCAAAUUCUUCUUCUUUUUUUAUCUCAUCUCGUGCUCCAAAUUCUUGUGAUGAAAAAGGAAAGGAAUUUCAGGUUCGUGGUUCA